AACAAAAAACUCAGGGGUAUAUGGUGAAUAAACAAAAGACUCACUGACUUCACUUCUUGUUGUGAAAAACUCACUCGUUAUAUUCUGAACUGUUAAUAACUCCCUCUAUUCUGUAAUAUCUUAACCACUCCCUAACAAAGCUACUAGAAUUAUUAUCUGAAUUGUUGAUUACUCCCUUUGUUCCGUAAUAUUUUAACCACUCCCCAACCAAGCUAGUAGGAUUAUUCUCACAUAAGUCGAGAUUUAUUAGCGGGAUCAUAAUAAAGUAUUGGGCUCCAUCCCAAGAGAUAUUUAAAGUGGGGUCCACCACUUUUCAAGUCGUACUUAGUAGUUAGUACCAAUAUAUAGCCUUGAUCAAAUGAAAGGCACAGACUUUCUUAAUUACAGUCUUACAGAGAUACAGAAUCCAACCCAAUUAAUUAAUUUUUUUUUUUUUUUUUUUGAAGAUAUUAAUUAAUCCAAUUAAUUAAAUCAAUUAAAAUUAAUUAAUAAAAUAAAGAAGAUUGUAAUGAAGUGCAUGUUGUUAUUAUUAGACAGGAAUUACAAACCCAAUUUCUCCCAUCUCGCCACCUUCAACGGAUCCCCCACUUUCUUCCCAUUUUCAGGAGAGAGAAAAUUUGAAAGAGAAACUCCAAUUUCUGUGAAAAAAUCACAUUUUCUCACAAAUUUUUUUUUUGAUCUUUGAGUAAUUUUUCCGAAUCAGAUUGUUAUUGAAUUGAAUUGGAGGAAGAAAGAAGAAGAAAAUUGGGUGGUAUUUAGGGCAGGGAAUUGGAAGAAAUACAUAUGCCAGGCAGCCAAUCGGCAGUUUCGAGCGAUCAUGAAGAAGAAACGUGGGAAAGGGAAUUCCGUGCAAAUGGGAAUUCCAUGAAAACGGCGGAGCUUGAAGCUAAGCUUGAUGAGGGAAACAUUCAAGAGGCCGAAUCGUCGUUGUGUGAGGGUUUAUCUCUCAAUUUUGAAGAAGCCAGGGCCCUUUUGGGAAGGUUGGAGUACCAUAGAGGUAAUGUAGAAGGUGCGCUUCGUGUAUUUGAAGGUAUUGAUCUUCAGUCUGCAAUUCAGCGGUUUCAGCCAUCACUUAGUGAUAAGCCAUCUAAAAAGGGUCGCCCUCGCACUGAAUCUGUGCAUAAUGUCCCACAACAUGCUGCUGGCCUAGUUCUUGAAGCCAUAUAUCUGAAGGCCAAAUCCCUUCAGAAGCUUGGAAGGUUAACUGAGGCUGCUGGUGAAUGCAAGAGCGUUCUGGAUACAGUGGAAAAGAUAUUCCAGCACGGCAUACCUGAUUUGCAAGUGGAUGGACGGUUGCAAGAGACAGUUAGUCAAGCUGUGGAACUUCUUCCUGAACUCUGGAAACAAGCUGGAUCUCAUGAUGAGGCCAUUGCUGCAUAUAGGCGUGCCCUCCUUAGUCAGUGGAACCUUGAUAAUGACUUCUGUGCAAGGAUUCAGAAAAAAUUUGCAGUAUUUCUGCUGUAUAGUGGUGUAGAUGCUGCAGCACCCAGUUUGUCAGUACAGAUUGAUGGAUCUUAUAUUCCUAGGAACAAUUUAGAGGAGGCAAUUUUACUAUUGAUGAUCCUAAUACGGAAAUGUGCCUUUGGCAAGAUCAAAUGGGAUCCAUCAGUCAUGGAGCACCUUACGUUUGCAUUAUCUCUUUGCAGUCAAACUUCUGUCUUGGCAAGGCAACUUGAAGAGGUAAUGCCCGGAACUUUUAAUCGUAUUGACCGCUGGGUUGCCUUGGCUCUUUGUCACAGUGGAGCAGGGGAAAAUAAAGAAGCCUUAAAUUUAUUAAGGAAAUCUUUACAUGAUAAUGAGAGACCAGAUGACCUUAUGGCUUUGUUAUUAGCAGCUAAGAUUUGCAGUGAGGACCCGUUUCUGGCUGCUGAGGGUGUGGGAUUUGCACAGAGAGCAAUUAAUAGUGCAUCAGAUGAUCAAGAGCAUUUUAAAGGUGUAGCUUUACGCAUGCUAGGACAUUGUUUGGGGAGGCAAGCUAAAGUAUCCUCGUCUGACUAUGAAAGGUCUAGUUUGCAGUGUGAAGCUUUAAAAUCAUUGGAGGAGGCCCGUAGUUUUGAUUCCAGCAACCCAGGUCUUCUUUUAGAAUUGGCAAUUCAAUAUGCAGAGUAUCGCAACGUAAAUGCUGCAUUGAGAUAUGCAAAGCAGUUUAUUGAUGCGACCGGUGGAUCUGUGUUGAAAGGUUGGCGGUUGCUUGCUUUGAUCCUUUCUUCUCAAAAGAGAUAUUCCGAAGCCCAAGUGGUUAUUGAUGCCGCUUUAGACGAGACUGCAAAAUGGGAGCAGGGACCACUUCUUAGAAUGAAAGCAAAGCUCAAGAUCUUUCAGUCAUUACCAAUGGAUGCAAUAGAAACUUAUCGUUACCUGCUGGCACUUGUUCAAGCUCAAAGAAAAUCUUUUGGUCCUAUAAAAGCCAAUCAUCAGGCUGAUGAUGAUAAAGUCAAUGAGUUUGAAGUUUGGCUUGGUCUAGCAAAUUUAUACUCAAGCCUUUCUCACUGGAAGGAUGUCGAGGCCUGCUUGGAGAAAGCUCAGUCUCUGAGGCAAUAUUCUGCUGAAACAUUACACACAGAAGGUGUCAUGUAUGAAGGGCGUGGGCUAGUUAAAGAAGCUUUGGCUGCUUAUACCAAUGCUGUUUUGUUGGACCCAAAUUACGUGCCCUGCAAGGUACUGCUCGGUGCAUUGUUGUCAAAAAUGGGACCUCAAGCAUUGCCUGUGGCAAGAAACUUGUUGUCAGAUGCAUUGAGACUUGAACCUACAAGUCAUAAAGCUUGGUAUUACCUUGGAUUGGUACAUAGAGAUGAUGGACGAAAUGCUGAUGCUGCAGAGUGUUUCCAAGCAGCUUCAAUGCUUGAAGAAUCUGAUCCUAUCGAAAGCUAUACUUCUGUUCUUUAGAUCUUAUUGAGCUGUCGUCUGCACUCUGCAGAAUACAAUUUUCCUCUCCUAAAGAAAAUAUAGGUGGUAUUCUUUCCUAUUCAUGUGCAACUUUUCCGUUUCUUUUUCUUUUUUCUAUUGGUUUGAGGGGGUGAGAGUCAUCAGUCAUUGGUGGAUAUGCACAAACAUGCAUAUCCUUGGUACUGCACGUCCAAAUGGCUGAAAUUUUGACAGAGUACUGAUAUGAUAGAAGACUUUGUAUGAUGUAUGCAUUUCAAUAGUUUGUGAAAAGAAAAUCUUAGGAAUACUUUCUCUCGGAAACACCGGCCUGGUCGAAGAAGAUGAGUGGUUGUUGAAGAAUACAGAAGUGUUGUCUGUAACAAUGAUAGGCUGAAGGAGGUGAUAAGAUGGCUAGUUCUUAUUUAUGUAUCUAAUUGCUAAGGAUGUGUCAUGUGUAAAUAUUAUUAACUUCCAUUCAAUUAUUCAAUAUACAAAAUAAUUUAUUUUAAA